AUGCUAAGUGAUAAUGAAGCUGGUCCUGAUGGAGCACCACCCGUCCCCGCAUUUGCACACCAUGUACAAGCGGUCGCGAUUAAGCUCCCACCAUUUUGGAGAAGUGACCCUUUGGUCUGGUUCGCUCAAGCUGAGGCGCAGUUUGUGACACGCGCCAUAACUCAAGAAGCGACGAAAUAUGCGCAUGUCAUCGCCGCUCUUCCGGAAGAUGUAGCCCAGGAAAUAUGCGAUAUUUUGGUCAACCCUCCGGCUACUGAUCAAUAUUCUAAUCUAAAGAAAAACCUAAUAGCGCGUGUUAGUGCUUCUGGGCAGCGUAGAGUUCAGCUUCUUCUAACUGAAGAAGAGUUAGGUGAUCGCAAGCCCUGGCAGCUUCUACGACGCAUGGAUCAACUUCUAGGUGAGCAGAAGUUAGAGAAAAGAAUAUUCAAACAACUAUUCCUCCAAAGAUUGCCUGUUAAUGUCCGGCAGAUUUUAGCAUCUACUAGCGAAGCCUUACUGCUCAGCGAAUUGGCUGCGUUGGCUGAUCGUAUUGUUGAGACACAGUCAUACACGCCUGGCACUAUUUCAGCCAUCGCGCCCGGAAAUGCGGAAGCUACUCCGAAAGCUUGUAGCGAUCUCGAAAGUCAGGUGUCCGAACUCACCAGGCUGGUUCGCGAUCUCACAACCUUUGUGGGAAGUAUCCAGCGCAGCCGUAGUCGGAGCCGUAGCAGGAAGCGUGACAAUAGACAGGUCGCUGAUGCGCUAUCACGCCCUGAAGUCAAUGUCUUACACACGCUCAUUGCGCAGACUCAGAAGUCUGACCCCGAAUUGCAAGCAAUACUGAAUGCGGAAACCGAGAGCAGCAUGGCACUUCAAAGCGUACCAUUGAUUGAUACCGGAGAAGAGAUCUGUGUAGAAGUUUUGAAUCCUCCAACUAGUGCUAUCAUAUAA